AUGAGUAAUAAUUUAAUAAAUCCGAUUGAACCUUUAAACUCGCAAGAGUUGAAGGAGCAUUACGAUAAUAUGGUUCGUAAGCCAACCUUCUCCUCUUACGCUAUAAAGAACUAUAUUAAAACGAGAUUUACUUCUCUUAUUGUCACCAAAGAAAGUCUUGCAGAGUAUAGUUAUGGUGAAAUAUUUAAUCCGUUUCAAAACUUGGCUUUACUUAACGCAAGACAGUGGAAUUUUUUCUUGGUUGGUCUCUGCGGUUGGACUUGGGAUGCUUUCGAUUAUUUUGCAGUUUCGCUUAAUGCCUCUAAAAUUGCUACGAGUUUAGAUGUUACCGUUAAAGAUGUUACUUGGGGAAUUACAUUGGUUCUUAUGCUUCGUUCUGUUGGUAGUAUUUUGUUCGGUCUCUGGGGUGAUAGAUAUGGAAGAAAAUGGCCCUACAUUGCCAAUAUGGUUUUAUUGAUAGUGUUGCAAAUUGGUCUUGGUUUCAUUAAGACCUACAAGCAAUUUUUAGCUGUCCGUGCAUUAUUUGGUAUAGCAAUGGGUGGUAUGUUUGGGAACUGUGCAGCAUGUGCGCUUGAUGAUUGCCCAAAAAAAGCAAGAGGUAUAGUUUCCGGACUUUUCCAAGAAGGAUAUGCUUUAGGUUAUUUGUUGGUUGUUGUCUUUCAAAGAGCGAUUACUGAUAACUCUUCACAUACCUGGAGAGCGCUUUUCUGGUUCUCUGCUGGCCCUCCUGUAAUUUUUAUUACUUGGAGAUUUUUCUUACCUGAAACUGAUGCAUUUGUGAAACAACAGGAAAGGAUGAACGCAUCAGACAAAAUCGGAGGUUUCGUGGUCGAUGGUAAGAAAGCCGUCAAGCAGUAUUGGUUAAUUUUAAUUUACCUUGUUUUGCUUAUGUCAGGUUUCAACUUCAUGUCACAUGGCUCCCAAGAUUUGUAUCCUACUCUUUUAACGGAACAAUUACACUAUGGAGAUGAUAGAUCUACAGUUACAAACUCUGUUGCAAAUUUAGGUGCUAUUUUUGGGGGAGCUAUAUUUGGUCACUUUUCUACCUUUAUUGGUCGUAGACUUAGUAUUUUAAUAGCUGUUGUAUUGGGUGGAGCCAUGAUCUAUCCUUGGGCAUUCUUAACAAAUUCAGGAAUAAAUGCUGGUGCUUUUUUCUUACAAUGUGGUGUUCAAGGUGCCUGGGGUGUUGUUCCAAUUCACUUAUCUGAAUUAUCUCCUCCUGGCUACAGAAGUUUAGUUGCAGGUUUAGCUUACCAAUUAGGUAACUUAUGUUCCUCUGCCAGUUCAACAAUAGAAGCUACUAUCGGAGAAAGAUUUCCAAUCGAAGGAGAGCCAGGCAUUUAUAACUAUUCUAAAGUGAUGGCCAUUUUUAUGGGUUGCGUCUUUGGCUAUAUGCUAAUUAUUACAUUUGUUGGUCCAGAAUAUAAAGGUGCUGAUUUGGACGUUUCUAGAGAUGAUGUGAUUGUUGUCGGAGAUGAAAACGUAGAAUCAUUUGAUUCUACCGAAAAACAGAUGCAAAGCGCAACACAUAUAGAAACUAAAGUAUAA